CUCCAAUGCCAGGCUUUCCAGGAGUUCCCCGAGUAGUUGGAGACACAGACGAUGAUGCGUCCAUCCACAUGUACAACUUCGUCGGCCCAGCACAACCGUUGCCAGCAAGAAAAAGUGCAGCAGAUGAGAAAAUCUACCAGACUUUGUAUGAGAAAUUCAAAAACAAUAAUAAUAUCCGUAGCAUCAAUAACACGAGUCAGAUCGAGGAAGAACACGCGUCUGACGAAGAAUUCGAAGAGAUCGACGUCGAGGCUAUGAACGCCUCUUUCGACAAAUUUGCCAAUAAACUGCUGCUGUAUGUCAGUGCUGAAGAUGUAGAUGCCAAUUUCAGCGAUUCUGACACGAUGAACGAAUCCAGCGAUGACGAUGACGAUGACGACUUGGAAGAUCUUCUUCUAGCUGAUAAAGUAUACGAAACGGCCCAGACCAUCCCGGUAUCGGCGACUAAUGACUCUCAUAAACCAGUCAACGUCAGAGUAAGAGAGGAAUCGCCAAUAUCCAAUAGAGCCGACCGGUAUCUGAGUGAUUCUCAAACUUCCACCCGUUGGAAUCGUCUGUUGGUUCAAAAAUUACCAGCACGUCUAGCUUCGCGCAAUUUGUUUGGCAGUGAGGCAAACACAUCUGCCAAUAUACUUUUCGAUGAGAUCAAGCGAACGAAGGAAGCUUCAGAGAAAGAGGCUAAGAAUCUAGAAGAACCAGAAACGACUGAGAAAUCACCAUUUAUAAAUUCUGAAAAUUCUGAGGAUAUCCAUUCAGGCAGCACUGGUGUUGGUAAUUCCAAUUCUGACAAUUGGUUUUCUGCUUCCAGUUUUAUAAAGAACUAUAUCAUUUUCUUGCUUGCAUCUUUCAUAAUUACUCUUCUAGCUUUGCUGUACCAGGCUUCUACUCUCAUACCGUUCGAUGCCGCACGAUUCGCUGCACGAUUCAAUAAGCUUGACACUUCUGUGAAGACACUUCUGUCUCGUGUACAUGAUAUAGAGCUGGAUCGGCAGUCUUUGUCGGCAGUCUCCAUCGAUACUGGUAAGAUAAACGAGAAACUUGUAGAUAUUGAGGGAAAAAUGGAAGAGCUAGAAACAAGACUAGUAGGUCAAAAAUCAGAAUUCAAUUCGUGGAAAGAGCUGCUAAAAGAGGCUGGAACUAGUAUUAGCAGUACAAUUGAAAAUGGUAGACUUGCUGAUAUUGAAGAUAAGAUCAAUGCUCUUCUCAAUGCUACAGAAAAGCUGCCUUCAUGGAGUAAUUACGUGGAUACACAUUCGAGCGAAAUUAAUGAGUACAUCAGAAAUCAAAUAGCAAAUGCUCAACCAAAGGAACUACAGGAAAUUAUCAAACAACAAUUAGAAAAGUACAACCACGACAUUUCUGACAAGUUCAACAAGCUCGUGGAUUCGCUCAAUCUAGAAGAUACUCCCGUAGAUGAGCAGCUCUUGGAGAGAGCUAAAAACACAGCUUCUCCAAUAUUGCUCAGUCAAAUUGCUGACAUUCUCUACAAAGGCUCUGUAACCACCAACUACGCUGAUUACAGUCUUGGAGCACGGAUUCGAGGGUACUUGACGAGAGGUGGAAAUGGACUUCAACAGGAACAAUCAACUGUACGAAGAGCUCUCUUUGGCUGGUACAGAUAUUUGAGAAUAAAGUCACCAAACGAAUGGAAAUAUAAUGCCAACAAUGUUCUCAGUGAUAGUGAACAGAGCUGGUACUGUUCUUCAGAGUGUUCUGUUGGAAUCAAAUUGUCUUCCAAAGUAAUUCUCAGCGACAUAGUCAUUGAAGGUAAGAACAUUGGCAAGGUGAGUAUCUGGCUCCGUCCAACUACCAAACAAAAUUACGAUAGAGUCUUGGCAUACCAACAGAAGUACAAAAUUGUUAGUGAUUCUGAUGAGAGUGCUAAGAAUGGAAACAGGUAUCUAAGCAAAUAUGUCAAGGUUUCCGAGGCGUCAGUAGCUACUGAAAGUGUCCAUAUCAAGCUUCCCGUGAGUGUAGUCAAUCUUCAAAUUCCUGUUGGGGAUAUCUACGUUGAAUUUACGCCUAGUUCUUCAGCUGACGGCGACAGAGCCACUGAGGUCAAUUCUAUCAAAGUCUAUGGAAUCAGUGGCAUUAACACUCACCAAUCAAGCGAGUUGAAUCUGCUUUUGAACAAGAUAUUUGCUGCUGCCGAGGAGAAAAGGUCCGAAACUGGCAUACAUAGAGAAGGCUCUGAUGUGAGCGACAUUUUGGGAGAGGACUAUACCUAUAUUGUAUGAGUCGAAUGACAAUCAACUCCUACACAAUUAAGUCCGUUUCGAACUACAAUUCCACUUCCAUUUUCAUCUACAGUUCGUUUCCAUUUAGAGGUGCGUUUCCUUUUACAGGUGUAUUUCCAUUUCCUACAGUCGCCUGCAUUUAUGCGAUUGUUCUACCCCAAAGGUGUAUUUUAGUGUAUAGUAAAAUGUAGAGUAGCAAUUCU